UUUUUUUUUCUUUUUUUUCCCCUUUCAAGUUUGUUCUUAGUUGUUUUUUUAACUUGUUUUCUUUUGGUCUUUGAUGUGGGGCUUUGUUGCUUUUCAACGCACCUAACAUCACAAUCUAAAAAGAAAUUUCUUUAAUGCCAAGAUAAGAAACAAGGAGGUGUUUCUGGCUUUUUGGAUUAUAUUAAACCCUGUUAUUCCAAGGUCAAAUUCUUAGCUUUUCCUCUUCCUUUAAAGAGAACUCUUAGGUUGAUCUCCUUUGGGAUUUCCACUGAUUUGCAGAAUAUGUCUGCCGAUAUGAUUUCUGCUGCUGCUUCUUCUUAAUGUUUCCUCUUGUUACAGAACCAUAUUAGAACUCAAAGUGUUUCGUUGAACUCAUUGACCUUAGAAACUGACAAAGUUAAAGGUGAAACCAUGUCUUUAGUUAGGCCAGCAGAGUUAUCCGCUACUGCAUACAGAAACCCCAAGCUCUACUCAUUGAAGGGAAGUAAUGAUGGCUCUGGCUUGUCAACCCAAAUUUUUGGUUCUGACAAGCGCAAGACCAUGUACGUUACUGAUUCUUACUGCACCGAGAGUUACGAGAAGUACUUCGUUGAUUCUCCUUCGGAUGAAGUACUGCAGCCAUCUUGUUCUAGUAUCUCUGGAAUUUCUUCUAAUAAUCCUGAAGGUCCCUCUUGUUACGAGCUCCGAACUGGAUCAGUUUCCCCCUUGACCCCUCAAAAUCCUUAUAGUGCUUCUAUUGUGUCCAUGAGGCAUCGUGAUGCUUAUAAAUCAAACUUUGAAUCUGAUCACUUGGAGAGUCAAAGCCCAAAUCUAGGGGAGUUUGAUGAAAACAAAAUGAGAUUGAAGCUUCAAGAAUUGGAGAGAGCCCUGCUUGAUGACAAUGAUGAUGAAGAUGAAGAGGAUAUGUUUGGCAGUGGCCAAAGCAUGGAAGUGGAUGGUGAUUGGGUUGACCCUGUCCAGAAUGAAAUGCUACAUGAUUCACCCAAGGAGUCUUCAUCCUCGGAUUCUAAUAUCAGCAGCAUCAGCAGCAGCAAAGAAAUGUCACAAGUUUCUCCCCGGACUCCGAGACGUUUGCUUUUGGAUUGUGCUGGUGCAAUUUCAGAGGGUAACAUUGAGGAAGCAUUAAUGAUGAUAAAUGAGCUUCGACAGCUUGUCUCAAUCCAAGGAGAUCCACCUCAGAGGAUUGCAGCUUACAUGGUAGAAGGCCUUGCAGCACGGAUGGCUGCUUCGGGCAAGUUUCUCUAUAAAGCCUUAAAAUGCAAAGAGCCCCCGUCCACUGAUCGCCUUGCAGCUAUGCAGAUCCUAUUCGAGGUUUGCCCUUGUUUUAAAUUUGGAUUUAUGACUGCAAAUGGUGCCAUUAUAGAAGCUUUCAAAGAUGAAAAAAGAGUACAUAUAAUAGAUUUCGACAUAAACCAAGGGAGUCAGUACAUAACGCUAUUACAAACACUUGCCAAUGAGCCUGGUAAGCCAUCUCGUUUGAGGUUGACAGGGGUAGAUGACCCUGAGUCAGUUCAGCGUUCCGUUGGAGGCCUUAAAAUGAUUGGACAAAGGCUUGAGAAACUGGCAGAAGUACUUGAGGUGCCAUUUGAGUUCGAGGCAGUGCCCUCAAGGACUUCACUUGUCACUCCUUCAAUGCUGAACUUAAAGCCAGGGGAAGCACUUAUUGUGAACUUUGCUUUUCAGCUCCAUCACAUGCCCGACGAAAGUGUUUCAACAGUAAACCAGAGAGACCAGCUCCUUCGAAUGGUUAAGAGCUUGAACCCGAAACUUGUAACAAUUGUAGAACAAGAUGUGAACACCAACACUGCCCCAUUUUUCCCGAGAUUUGUUGAGGCCUACAAUUACUACUCUGCAGUGUUUGAUUCACUAGAUGCAACUCUCCCUAGGGAGAGUCAGGAUAGGAUGAAUGUCGAAAGGCAGUGCCUCGCAAGGGACAUAGUUAACAUUGUUGCUUGUGAAGGUGAAGAAAGGAUAGAAAGGUACGAGGUCGCUGGUAAAUGGAGGGCAAGAAUGGCAAUGGCCGGUUUUACUUCAUGUCCAAUGAGCACGAACGUGAUCGAUUUGAUUCGGAAACAGAUCAGGCAAUAUUGUGACAGAUACAAGGUCAAGCAAGAAGUUGGUGCACUUCAUUUUGGAUGGGAGGACAAGACUUUGAUUGUUGCUUCAGCAUGGAGGUGAUAGGAUAUCAUUUUGGCUUCCAUCAGUUGCUACGCUUUACUAAAUUUUGUAUCUAUCUUUUUUGGUGUGGGAUUAUUAUUAUGUAUGCUGAUAAUGCUAUAUCCGAACAAAAAACCAUAAGGACUUUCGUAGGGAACUGCUAAUCGCCUAACAGUGAUAGAAGAUCUAGUUCUAUGCUUGUUCUAGAAUAGCUUUGUUAUAAUCUUUUCCAUCUUAUAAUGUUAUAUAUAUAUAUAUAUAUAUAUAUUUGAAUUAAA